CCUUCAUAAGGCAUCAGCUGGCAGCUGUGGUUCAUACCUGCAGGUAAUGGACAGGUAACUCCCCAGUCCCCACACCAGACUGUCUCACCUGGAGCCAGGAGAUGGACAAAGGAGACAGCGGCGUGGAUAACCCUGCGUUUGAGAUACAAGAUGCCAAUCAUUACGACACCAAGUCUUCAAUCCAUGCCAACGGCCCAGGACAGGAGGAGAAGAAAGGCCAUCCCAUUGCUAAUGACCGGAACAAGCUGGCAUACACGGUGACUGAUGUGCCCCCUUGGUACCUGUGCAUCUUUCUAGGCAUCCAGCAUUACCUGACUGCACUGGGGGGGAUUGUUGCCAUUCCCUUGAUCCUGUCUAAAGACCUCUGCCUAACUCACGACCCCCUGACGCAGAGUCACCUGAUCAGCACUAUUUUCUUUGUCUCUGGGAUUUGUACCCUCCUGCAGGUCCUGUUUGGGGUCAGGUUGCCAAUCUUGCAGGGCGGAACUUUUACCUUCCUCACGCCGACUCUAGCCAUGUUAUCCCUCCCAAAGUGGAGAUGCCCAGAAUGGACCCAAAAUGCCACCCUAGUGAAUGCCACGUCUCCGGAGUUUGUGGAAGUUUGGCAGUCGCGGAUACGGGAGGUUCAAGGGGCCAUUAUGGUUGCGUCUUGCUUCCAAAUCUUUGUUGGAUUUUCUGGUUUGAUUGGGUUCCUCAUGAGGUUCAUCGGCCCCUUGACGAUCGCCCCCACUAUCACCCUGAUCGCUCUGCCACUCUUUCAGUCCGCUGGUGGAGAUGCCGGGACCCACUGGGGAAUAUCUGCCAUGACUACUUUCUUCAUAGUUUUGUUCUCUCAGUAUCUAAGAAAUGUACCAUUGCCAAUUCCCUAUUACUCGAAAAGUAUGAGGAAGUGGCAGUGUUCCAAGUCCUACAUCUUCCAGAUCUUCCCAGUACUUCUUGGUAUUUCCAUCUCUUGGCUGAUUUGCUACGCUCUGACGGCAACCAACGUCUUUCCAUCCAGGCCUGAGAGCUACGGGUAUUUUGCUCGUACUGACGUUAAAGGAAACGUUUUGUCUGAAGCUCCGUGGUUUCGCUUCCCCUAUCCAGGCCAGUGGGGAAUACCUACCGUCAGUCUGGAGGGGGUAUUCGGGAUUUUGGCUGGAGUAAUUUCAUCCAUGGUUGAGUCAGUGGGCGAUUACCACGCGUGUGCACGCCUUUCAGGGGCUCCGCCCCCUCCUAGACAUGCCAUAAACAGAGGAAUUGGAAUAGAAGGGAUUGGGUGCUUGUUGGCGGGAGCCUGGGGCACCGGAAAUGGAACCACCUCCUACAGUGAGAAUGUCGGUGCCCUUGGAAUCACCAGGGUUGGGAGUCGGAUGGUGAUAAUUGUCGGAGGGAUAUUGAUGCUUAUUAUGGGCAUGUUUAGCAAAAUUGGUGCUGUGUUUGCAACAAUACCGACCCCAGUCAUUGGCGGAAUGUUCCUGGUAAUGUUUGGAGUAAUAGCGGCUGUUGGGAUGUCUAAUUUGCAGUAUGCGGACAUGAAUUCCUCGAGAAACAUAUUCAUAGUUGGAUUCUCCAUAUUUUGCGGACUUACCAUUCCGAACUGGGUGACCAAUAAUACGUCCCUUCUACAGACAGGCAUCGUUGAGUUGGACCAAGUGAUCCUGGUACUGUUAACCACUGGAAUGUUCGUAGGCGGGUUCCUAGGAUUUUUCUUGGAUAACACGAUACCAGGUACAAAGGAAGAGCGUGGAAUUGCUGCGUGGAAAGAGAUUAACGUAGAGGAUGAAGAUGACUGCUCUGAUGUUGGGGAUGUCUAUGAUCUUCCGUUUGGCUUCGGCACCAAGUGCUGCACCUUCUCCUGGCUCCGAUAUGUUCCGUUCUGCCCGAAACCCAAGGAGCUGCCAUUUGUUACUCAUAAGAACCAUGAACUUAAUGGCUACACGGAAACCAAGCACUGAGUGUAAAUCCAGUGCGGCACAUUCGGGAAUAUUCCUUGUUAAUGCAGCUUUCUCAAGGUGGUACUGAUGUCUACCAAGCACUAGGUUACCCGAUAACGAAAAACCUCUGUAUGUCUGAGUAUUUUAAUAUUACAUAAACCCCAUCCCUGGUCAGAAUCUGUGUGCAGAUCUAUUUAUGGGUAUUUUAAAAGGAAACUGAUAAUGAACUCCGAUCUGGAACGCCCCAUGAGUUGAUGGUCACUUUUUCGAGAGGGAUUCCUAACCUGUAUAGUAAAUUAUUGUGAAAUGAAAGGGAUGAUCCAUCUCAUCAGUAUAAACCUUGGACCAUGAGAACACUCCGAUCAAUCGCUCCUCGCCGCCUCAAGGCGAUGAGUGCCAUUAUCUCCCUAUGAUAUUGUCUUCAAAACAAGGCGUUUGUGGAUCAUCCGACCGGGAAAUAAACCCUGAGCCAAAUCUA